AGCGCUCACGUUUCAAGCUGCAGUCGCAACGGAUGGAGGCGAGGGAGGAUCUUUACCCCGUCGACUGAGCUCCAUCUCGGGUACACGACCGUUAGCAUCUCCGUGGGACGACCAAAGAUACUUUUCGUUGAAACAAACAAAAAAAAAACAAGACACCGAGCGUGUGAGGGGUUCGUCGAAGAGGGCGUUGUGCGUUGGCUGGUAGAACAUUGUGAGCGGUGGAUGUGUUAGCGAGGACAUUUUGACACCACCUGGCCGGGAUGGGCUGCACGCUGAGCACCGAGGACAAGGCGGCGGUGGAGCGGAGCAAGAUGAUCGACAGGAACCUGCGGGACGACGGAGAGAAGGCGGCCCGGGAGGUCAAGCUGCUGCUGCUGGGCGCUGGGGAGUCGGGAAAGAGCACCAUCGUCAAGCAGAUGAAGAUCAUCCACGAGGCGGGCUACUCGGAGGAGGAGUGCAAGCAGUACAAGGCGGUGGUCUACAGCAACACCAUCCAGUCCAUCAUCGCCAUCAUCAGAGCCAUGGGACGCCUCAAGAUCGACUUUGGCGACACCGCCAGAGCCGACGACGCGCGGCAGCUGUUCGUGCUGGCGGGCUCGGCCGAGGAGGGCUUCAUGACCACCGAGCUGGCGGGAGUGAUCAAGCGGCUGUGGAGGGACGGCGGCGUCCAGGCGUGCUUCAGCCGCUCCCGGGAGUACCAGCUCAACGACUCGGCCGCCUACUACCUGAACGACCUGGACCGGAUCUCACAGGCCACCUACAUCCCCACCCAGCAGGACGUGCUGAGGACCCGGGUCAAAACCACGGGCAUCGUGGAGACGCACUUCACCUUCAAAGACCUGCACUUCAAGAUGUUCGACGUCGGCGGCCAGCGUUCCGAGCGUAAGAAGUGGAUCCACUGCUUCGAGGGCGUGACCGCCAUCAUCUUCUGUGUGGCCCUCAGUGACUACGACCUGGUGCUGGCCGAGGACGAGGAGAUGAACCGAAUGCACGAGAGCAUGAAGCUCUUUGACAGCAUCUGCAACAACAAAUGGUUCACGGACACGUCCAUCAUCCUCUUCCUCAACAAGAAGGACCUGUUUGAGGAGAAGAUCAAGAAGAGCCCUCUCACCAUCUGCUACCCGGAGUACGCAGGCUCUAACACGUACGAGGAGGCGGCCGCCUACAUCCAGUGCGAGUUCGAGGACCUGAACAAGCGCAAGGACACCAAGGAGAUCUACACCCACUUCACCUGCGCCACCGACACCAAGAACGUGCAGUUUGUCUUUGACGCCGUCACCGACGUCAUCAUCAAGAACAACCUGAAAGACUGCGGCCUCUUCUGAGGGCCACCGGGCCAUGUUUGAGGGGGGGAGGGGUUUCGGGCCACCGCUGCCGCCGUGCGUCUCCAGCGAGGAACGUAAACAAAGCGGGAACGGCGUCGUUCCCGUUGCUGUAACUAUAACGACGGCUUUAUUUAUGUCUUCUUGUUUUGGAACUUUUGUGUUUCAUAGUCGUGUCGGAGACAGAGCCGUCGCGCUCUCGUGUUGUUUCAUGUCGUGGCGAGCCAGCCAGGAGGAGAAGAGGAUCUGCUGUGUUGGUACUGGUGCCUUCGCAUGCCUUUGGAGCCCGGCGGCGACCCGCGUGCUUCUUCUGUCGCCUGCUGACUCUUUUUAUCAUCUCCAUCGCACGCCCGCGUCCUCGCUAUCGGCUGCGUGGACAAAACGGGACAGGAUGUCUGAACAUGUAGCCUCCAUUCUCAGCACAACGAGAUAAAUAUGGUUUUUAACAGCUGUAAAAUAACACGACCUUUUAUCAGACGUUCCAACAUCACCGAGUGUUUGGAAGACACAAACAAAAUGGACAUGACUCGUAGAUGUCAACACAAACAAAGAUGGCGGACGUUUGCGCCUACUUUCCCACGUGUGUACCGUUCUCCACGGAGAACCUUUGUAGACUCAUCUCCCCUAUUUUGAUAAUAAAAACACACACAGUCACCUUUUGGCUACUUUAGCACCAGUCAUUUUUCAUCCAAGGGUCCACGGUCUGGGGAGCAGAUGUGAAGGGUCCACGGUCUUGGUAGAAAAGAUGAAGGGUUCACGGUCUGGGUAGCAAAGGUGAAGGGUCCACGGUCUUGGUAAAAAAGAUGAAGGGUUCACGGUCUAGGUAGCAAAGGUGAAGAGUCCACGGUCUUGGUCGCAAAGGUGAAGGGUCCACGGUCUGGGUAGCAAAGUGAAGGGUCCACGGUCUGGGUAGAAUAGGUAAAGGGUCAAAGGUCUAGGUAACAGAGGUAAAGGGUCAAAGGUCUAGAUAACAGAGGUAAAGGGUCAAAGGUCUAGGUAGCAGAGGUAAAGGGUCAAAGGUCUAGGUAGCAGAGGUAAAGGGUCAAAGGUCUAGGUAGCAGAGGUAAAGGCUCCACGAUCUUGGUAGAAAAGGUGAAGGGUCCACGGUCUUGGUAGACAAGGUGAAGGAUCCACGGUUUUGGUAGAGAAGGUGAAGGGUCCACGGUCUAGGUAGAAAAGGUGAAGGGUCCACGGUCUAGGUAGCAAAGGUGAAGGGUCCACAGUCUUGGUAGCAAAGGUGAAGGGUCCCCUGUCUUGGCUGAAAAGGUGAAAGGUCCACGGUCUGGGUAGAGUAGGUGAAGGGUCCACGGUCUAGGUCGAAAAAGGUGAGGGGGUCCACGGUCUUGGAAGAAAACGUAAGGGUCCACGGUCUUGGUAGAGAACGUAAGGGUCCACGGUCUAGGUAGACAAGGUGAAGGGUCAAAGGUCUAGUUAGCAAAGGUGAAGGGUCAAAGGUCUGGUAAGUAGUAGAGGUAAAGGUUCCACGGUCUAGGUAGCAGAGGUGAAGGCUCCACAAUCUUGGUUGAAAAGGUGAAGGGUCUACAGUCUUGGUAGAGAAGGUGAAGGCUCCACGGUCUAGGUAGCAGAGGUGGAGGGUCCACGGUCUAGGUAGAAAAGGUGAGAGGUCCACGGUCUAGGUAGCAAAGGUGAAGGGUCCACGGUCUAGGUAGCAGAGGUGGGACUGACCCUCUUGCAGGUAAACAAGGUAUGUUACCCCUG